AUGCCCCCGCCAUCUCUGGCCGCUGCUGAGACAGUGGCAAAGGGCUGGCCCUCUACGGUCUCCCACAGCCAAGGCUACUGGGGGGAUGCUGCAGAACAUCCCAAGCAGAGGCAUCAGCUGACCUUUGUGACCCCAGCUGAAAGAACAACCAAACCUAACCUUACGGUCAAUGGAACCAAUGUCAUAGAGAAUGACACUUUGGACUUCACAUGUGGCACAAAACAAGCAGGAGGGAACAUUCUGUGGUUCUUCAAUAACAAGUCCCUGAUUCUCAAUGAGAGGAUGAAGCUGUCCAUGAAGAACCAGACCCUCACCAUCCUGUCUGUGAAGAGGGAGGAUGCUGGGUCCUAUGAAUGUGAAAUCUGGAAUCCAAUCGAUUUCAACAGAAGUGACCCCAUUACCCUGACUGUGAACUAUGGACCAGACAACAUCAUGUUUGUACCAAACCCCGAGAAAGGAGAGAUUGAGGUCAUAUUUAAUGACCCACUGAUGUUAGAGUGCUAUGUUGAGUCUUACCCACCUGCCCAGUAUAGAUGGCAAGUCAAUGGUACCAUGAACUCUGCCUUCUCUAAUAUCUAUGUCAUCAAAAAUGCAACUUGGGAAGAUUCAGGAAAGUAUAUAUGUCAGGCAAAGAACAAUGUUACCAACUUGUCUGUCUCUAAGAGCAUCACAGUUAAGGUGGUUGAAAGAACAACCAAACCUAACCUUACGGUCAAUGGAACCAACGUAAUAGAGAAUGACACUUUGGCCUUCACAUGUGGCACAGAACAGGCGGGAGUGGACAUUCUGUGGUUCUUCAAUAACAUGUCCCUGAUUCUCAAUGAGAGGAUGAAGCUGUCCAUGCAUAACCAGACCCUCACCAUCCUGUCUGUGAAGAGGGAGGACAUUGGGUUCUAUGAAUGCGAAAUCCGGAAUCCAAUCAGUUCCAACAGAAGUGACCCCAUUACCCUGACUGUGAACUAUGGACCAGACUACAUCACAUUUGUUCCAAACUCCGAGCAAGGAGAGAUUGAGGUCAAAUUCAAAGACUCACUGACGUUAGAGUGCCAUGUUGAGUCUUACCCACCUGCCCAGUAUAGAUGGCAAGUCAAUGGCACCAAGAUCCCUGACUUCUCUAAUAAUACCUAUGUCAUCAAAAAUGCAACUUGGGAAGAUUCAGGAAAGUAUACAUGUCAGGCAAAGAACAAUGUCACCAACUUGUCGGUCUCUAAGAGCAUCACAGUUAAGGUGGUUGAAAGAACAACCAAACCUAACCUCACAGUCAACAGAACCAGCGUCAUAGAGAAUGACACUUUGGACUUCACAUGUGGCACAGAACAGGCGGGAGGGAACAUUCUGUGGUUCUUCAAUAACAUAUCCCUGAUUCUCAAUGAGAAGAUGAAGCUGUCCAUGAAUAACCAGACCCUCACCAUCCUGUCUGUGAAGAGGAAGGGUGCUGGGUCCUAUCAAUGUGAAAUCCGGAAUUCAAUCAGUUCCAACAGAAGUGACCCCAUUAUCCUGGUUGUGAACUGUGAGUGACUCUGAGUGUCCUCCCUCUCCAGGCCUUUCCCCAGCAGUGACUCACAUCUUGAAGUGCCCAGGCACAAGAGAAAAACAGGACAGCCAAAAUAAUGAAGUUUUAAGAGCGUUUAUUGCUAACUAGCGACUGAACAUCAACACCAACACUGGAGGGGUCAGUCAUGAAGGGCCUCAGGGCCAUAUAUUUAUAGAAA